GAUCGAGGUUCGCCGAGGGGAUUGCUGUUGGAGCUUCGGUCACGGUGGGAGCUUCGAGACCCUCUGGGCUCCUAAAAGUGGCUCAAUCGUCACUCACAACCGAGAUCCGAGAGCCUCUGGGUCCUAUAAGUGACUCGAUCCUCUCUCGCAAUCGCACCCCUAUCCCAGCCAAAGCUCCCGCUCCCGCCGCCCCGCCCCUGCCCAGUUCUGUCCUGUGAGACUGGUGAAAACUACAAUUCCCAGCGUGCACCGCGCCGCGAUCUGGACUCAAUAAAUCAGGUGGCUCAGGUCAGGUGACAGCCGGCCCGCCCUCACACCAAGUCAAGCUGGCGGGGGAUCUCGGUGCAUUCCGGAGCGGUACCUGGCGCAAGGUUCCCGCGUCGCCGUCCGCCGAGCCUGAGAGGCUCACAGUUCUCGGAACUUGGGGAACAUGAUCAGGAAUUGGCUGAUUAUUUUUAUCCUCUCUCUGCUGAAGCUCAUAGAGAAAUGUGAGUCGACUGUCAGCCUCACGGUUCCUCCUGUGGUGAAGCUGGAAAAGGACAGCUCAGCCAACGUUAGCCUCGCCCUGGGGUAUCCCUUAAACGCAUCCUUCGUGAUCACUUUUGAAAUCACAUUUCGUUCAAAAAAUAUUACUAUCCUUGAGCUCCCGGAUGAAGUGGUGGUGCCUCCUGGAGUGACAAAUACCUCUUUUCAAGUGAGGUCUCAAAAUGUUGGACAAGUCACUGCUUAUCUGCACGGAAAUCACUCCAACCAGACAGGUCCCAGGAUAUGCUUCUUGGUGAUCCACAGCAAUGUCGUUAGUGUCGUAAACCAGGUGAUCGGCUGGAUCUACUUCGUGGCCUGGUCCAUCUCCUUCUACCCUCAGGUGAUCACGAACUGGAGGCGGAAAAGUGUUGUUGGGCUGAGCUUUGAUUUUGUGGCCCUGAACCUGACAGGCUUCGUGGCCUACAGCGUGUUCAACAUCGGCCUCUUCUGGGUGCCCUACAUCAAGCGAGGCGGCCAGCGUCUGUCCUGGCCUGCUGUCGGCUUCCUGGUGCUCUCAUGGCUCUUCGUCUUCGUCACCAUGAUUGUGGCAGCGGUCGGGGCAACCACAUGGCUGCAAUUUCUCUUCUGCUUCUCCUACAUCAAGCUCGCAGUCACGCUGGUCAAGUAUUUUCCACAGGCGUACAUGAACUUUCACUACAAAAGCACCGAGGGCUGGAGCAUUGGCAACGUGCUCCUGGACUUCACAGGGGGCAGCUUCAGCCUCCUCCAGAUGUUCCUUCUGUCCUACAACAACGACCAGUGGACGUUGAUCUUCGGAGACCCAACCAAGUUUGGACUCGGCAUCUUCUCCAUCUUCUUCGACAUCGUCUUCUUUAUCCAGCACUUCUGUUUGUAUGGAAAGAAACCAGGGCCUCAGGCAGCAUACACAGGUUCUGGCAGCCGUCUCAGGCAGGACUGGGCGCUGAGCUUGCAGCCGAAGGCCUUCCCCCAAACAACCAGUGUUUCUGGGAGCAGCUUGAAGGGCUGACCUUGCAGCUGGGAGAGCCAAGGGCGUUUGGCCGAUGCUAUGUUCCCGGAGACCAGGCAGCCAGCUGGGUGGCUGACCGACUUGGAGGUGCUGGCGCUAGUGGCGGAGGGGUUAGGCCUGGGGGUCCUUCUCUGAAGGCCACAUUCCUGACAUCUAUUCUGGGUAACUCGCCUUCCAUGACUGCAGUAACAAGCACCCAGGCCAAAGUCUGGUGAAAAAGCAUUCCUGAGCCCUGGAGUGCCCAGCCGAUUGGUUCUGAACCAGACCCAUGCCCAGUGCCCUCUGGAUGUUACCACAGAGUAUCACACUAACUCCUUUCAGCUUUUCUGGAGGGAUGUGUUGGAAGUAGCUUACUGUGUUCUGCCCUCGUUCCUACCUCACUCUCCCACAGUCAGACCACACCCACUGCUCCUUACCCAGCAUCGGGAGUGUAGGACACACACACACACUCAUUCUCUCUCUACCAGCUGUGCCUUACAGGCCUGUUAGGCCUGCCGCUUGGUGAGAGUAGCUCCCCUGGAGGGGAGGACAGACCCCCCCACCCCUUCCCUCACUUUUCCCAGACCCCCUACCCAAGACUCACCAACUUUUUGGCUGUUCAGGAGCCUCAGGUGAGAACCUGAGACCACCUCAUGCAGUUCUCACAGGUCCAGCCCUGAUCUCAAACCUCCCUCCCAGCCCCUCUGUUGCCCCUCAGGAGGCGGGUGGGGGUCUGAGGGUGUGCCUUGUCCAUGCCUCACAUGUGUCAAUCCACUCUGACUCUUGACAAGAUCCACAGGAGGGGCCUGUGACCUUAAUUAAAACCUGACUCGUUUUCCUUUCUGCA